CACACACACACACACCCCUCCCCUUGCUGUGUGAUGUAAGUAUAUUACAGCCUCUCUGUGUUCCUCAGCUGUCUGGUGGAGGAUCAGCUAUCUCUCAACCACACACACACAUACACACUUUCUCUCAGCAGCACCAUGUGUGACGUGUACACAGUGGAGUUAAACGCUCCUGGACCCUGGGGUUUCAGACUACAGGGUGGAAAAGACUUCAGCAUGCCGCUCACCAUUUCACGACUGACAGACAAUGGUAAAGCAGCUAAAGCAGGUGUUGCUGUUGGUGAUGCCGUCAUCUCUAUAGGAGACCUCAAAACUGAGGACCUGAAUCAUCUGGAGGCUCAGAGCAAGGUCAAGGAAUGUAACAGCAACCUGAAACUCACACUGCAGAGAGCUGCCAGUGUUCCCAAACCUGCUGCAGCACCCAGUCAGACAAUCACAGUUACAACGAACCCUCUUGCUACAGUUAUUGGGCCUCCAGUGCGCAGGAUGAUCCGUAAGCCCAUCAUAGAGACAGAUAUCGGGUUCUACCACGAGGCAUCUCAUGCUGAUGCGAGCAGGAAACGCAUCAUGGAGGACACAGAGGACUGGAGACCCAGAACAGGGACGUCUCAGUCACGCUCAUUCCACAUCCUCGCCCAGAUCACUGGCACAGACGACUUGCCAGAGGAGAACAAGAAUUUGAACAAGAAUGCAGUGAAAGAGAUGAAGAAGAUUGAAGUUGGGCCGCAGUAUCAUAAACUGAGAAACUGGCACCAUGGAGUUUCUGCCCGAACCCUCAACGUACUCAGUCUCAUCUAAUGUGUGUCUAAAUGUGUGUGUGUGUGUGUGUGUGGACUGGGUGAUGUGGUUUUAAGGCUGAGCAGGUUGGAGCUAUGAGGCGUGAAGAUCACAGACGGUGUGUGUGUGUGUGCGUGUGUGUGUGUUUGCGGCUCAUGUAGGGGAAUGAAACGAUGUUCUGGAUUUGUGAGCAGCAGAAGGUUUCCCACUAGAAACUGGAGCUUUAACGUUGUGUUUGCAGGCAGGAGAUUUGAGUUGUAGUUAAGCACAGAUUUGGUGAUCACUAGUUAGCGUGGUGUUUUAUUGCUCUACUACACAAAGCUCUGAAAAUGUACAUGAGAUCUGCAUGUUUACUGAAACCACCUUAUUGCCCAGCAUGACUAUUCACACUAGUGCCUUAAAGUUAGGGUUUAGCCUGGUGUGUGUGUGUGUGUGUGUGUGUGUAAAUAUAUAAAUAUAAAGAAUAGAUAUUUCUGGCUGAUAGUCAUGAAAGUGUCAGUGAUUAGUUCUGUUUUAGCUUCUGCUGAUAAAAAUCUUCUUUCAAAAGGA